AAUAUUGGCGGGAAAGACGACAAAGACAAGGGGGCCAGAGUACCUCAGGGACUUCGUUUCUUUGUUUUUAUCACCCCUGGUCAACCUGGUCCGCCUAGUUUCGACGUACGAUCUGUUUCAAACGAGUUUCGCCUUCUUCAAUCGAUGUCGGAAGACUUUGUCCAAUUUAAUGCCAACCCGGAGUCUUCAAACGCCGAUUCAAUUGUGAUGAACGGCGAUAAAAAAAUGGAGAGCCACAAUCACGUCUCAGAUCUGACAGAAGCCAGGGUGGCCGGCUUCUUGAGAGAAAAUCCAGAUUUCCUGGAGAAGUACGUCAUGGAAGAGCUGGAGAUCGAGCAACUCGAGAGAUGGAUCAUAAGGAGGACGCAGCGUGAUAAAAAACGAGCUGGCUCUGCCGGCAGAAAGACGAGUUUGUCUCGCUGGAAGUUUUGCGUCCACGCCGACAAGCGUCAAAUGCUGCAGGAUUUGACUCAUUCGCUGCAGCUGCGUCCCAGCGUCGUCAAUGUCCUCUCGGAGCUGGCGAGCUGCAUCUCUUCCGCAGUUUCCGCAGACGGCUACAGACUCUACCUUCCGGACACGGACGACGACAACCACCUAUGCCUGUACCUGGGAUACGAGUCGAAUGACUGCCAGCGGCUCGGGAAGGCGCUGUUGCCCUGCAUCGUCGCAAAGACGAAAGAACCGAUGCGACUUUCAAAAGGCGAACCCAAUUUCCCGUCCAAGGGCAUCGGGGACAUGGAGCACCUGCUGCUGGAGCCAAUCGUCCAGCCCGACGGUCAGCUGGUUGCCGUCCUGGAGAUGUGGCGUUGUUCGUCCGGCUGUGGUAGAUUUCACGAAGAAGACGAGGAGAUCGCCACCAGCUACCUUGUCUGGGGUGGCAUCGCACUCCACUACGCCAGGCUUUACAUGUCCAUGGCGAAACAAAGAAAACUCUCCGACUUCUUACUAGCUGUUGUCAAGUCAAUUUUCCAGGAUAUGGUCUCGAUGGACACGCUGGUGACCAAGAUCAUGAAUUUCGCCCAGCGUCUCGUAGACGCAGACCGCGCUUCUCUCUUCCUCCUCGACUCGAAGAACAAGGAGCUCUACGCCAGGAUCUUCGACGUUGGCGGCAACGAAUCGGAAGUCGACAGCGACAGCGGCAACAAGUCUCUCACAGACAAAGAAAUCCGGGAAGGCCCGACGACUGGCUCUCCCGAGGACAAGGAAAUGUUGAAGAAGAGCAUAAAUUUCAGCGUAGGCAAGGGGAUAGCCGGCCAGGUGGCGAGGACAGGAGAGGUCCUCAACAUCGCGGACGCCUAUUCGGACCCCAGGUUUAACCGGACGGUGGACCAACUGACCGGCUACCACACCAAGACAAUCCUCUGCAUGCCGAUUUUCAUAAGAGGGGUCGUCAUCGGCGUCAUGCAGAUGGUCAACAAGCACACUGGACCGUUUAACAAGGAGGAUGAAGAAGCGUUCGAGACUUUUGCUGUUUACUGUGGCCUUGCCCUGCACCACGCCAAGUUAUAUGACAAAAUCCGUAGAUCCGAACAAAAGUACCGGGUCGCUUUGGAAGUUCUCGGCUAUCACAACACCUGCACCGAAACUGAGGUCGAGAAGACCAAACUUGCUUUGAACCAAAUCAAACUGAUCGGACUUGACGACUUUCAUUUCAAUGUUUUUACAUUGGACGAUGAUGCGAAGGCACGCCAUGCAGUUCUCAUGUUCAAAGACCUUUUCGGCUUGGCGAGAUUCGACAGGGAUUCUCUGAUUAGGUUCACCCUCACUGUGAAGAAAAACUACAGAAGAGUACCUUACCACAACUGGUCGCACGGAUUUUCCGUGGCCAACUCGAUGUAUGCCAUUAUAAAGCACUCCAACGGGACAUUCACAUCAAACGAGUGUUUAGCCUUGUAUAUCGGAGCGCUGUGCCACGACUUAGACCACAGGGGAAAGAACAACAAAUUCAUGCUGGAGACGGAAUCUCCUUUAGCCGCUGUCUACAGCACCUCGACUAUGGAGCAUCAUCACUUCAACCAGACUGUCACCAUAUUGCAGCAGCAUGGCCACAACAUUUUCAGCCAAUUGACCAAUAGUGAGUACAAGCAAGUGCUUAGCUAUGUCAAGCACUGUAUUCUCGCAACCGACCUCGCUCGCUUCUUUCCUUACAAGAGUCGUCUGCAGCAGCUUGUUGAGAACAACACCUUCUCCUGGGGCAAUCCAGAGCAUAGAUCGUUAAUACAGGCGAUUGCUAUGACAGCCAGUGACCUGUCAGCAAGUGCCAAGCCCUGGGAACUCCAGGUUAAAACAGCAGAAGUCAUAUUUCAAGAAUUUUACGAACAGGGUGAUGCUGAGCGAGCUGCCGGAAUCACACCAAUUGCCAUGAUGGACAGAAACCAGCCAGAACAGCAAGCAGCCUCCCAGGUUGGCUUUCUCAAUGGGAUCUGUAUCCCAUGCUACUCACUUCUCUCACAGUUGAUUCCAGACACUAAACCACUGUUGGACUCCUGCACAGCUAAUCUAGAACGGUGGAAGGUCAAGAAUGAGCUCGGCGAGUCGAUAAUCACCGAGAUGAAAGACAGGGAGAACUAGCGACUGCUAGUCUGGAAGUAAAUUUAUCUGUGAUAUGUGUACCUAUUUGAAUAAGAAAAUCUAUUUUUCUCUUUGAUCACCAAUAGUUUAGACCCCUGCCUUAGUGUUUCCACGAUAAAUGUUUUAUUUUUCGAUGUGUACUUGUAACCAGUAUUACCAUAUCAAGGUUGUUCUUGGUGUUUUAAUCAUUAAACCUCUGAGGUUGGAUAAAUGUUAUUUAAACGAUUGCCACUCCGGUAUAAAGAAAUAUAUUUAUUUAUGUGUUCAGCUUAGAAUGG